GUCAACAUUACUGAGACAACGUUCCCAAGACUACUAACAAUACUUUUGGAGCCUUCGCUAAUCUCCAAAACGUUUACGCACCAUCUUUUCAUUAUCCUUGGAAACUACAGCUACACCAUCAGCCAAUAUGAAGGUUGUCGGACCUACCUGCGCACUGAAGAGCAAGGUUGGCGGCGAGGACAUGGUGCGGUGCCUUUCCGACCAGAGCCUGUCCAUCUCCAAAUGCAAGAUCCCGCUGCUGGACGAGCAGAUGACCGUGUUUCUGCAAGACAUGAACAGCUGCUACAGCAAGCUGAAGGAGCUGGUCCCAACUCUGCCCACCAACAAGAAGGCCAGCAAGGUGGAGAUCCUCCAGCACGUCAUUGACUAUAUCUGGGACCUGCAGGUCGAGCUGGACGAGCCGGAGAAGAGCCGUCAGCAGAGCAGCGUGCCCCGCACACCUCUGACCACCCUGAAUGCAGAGCUGGCAAGCAUCGCUGUCGAGGUAAAUAUCACUCUGACAUGUCUUGAUGAGUUUCUGCAAGAGCUACCUAGUGUCUCCCAAUAUCAGACUUGGCUGUUGGAGGUAUCCUAAAUAUGAAUAAACUGUAGCCGUGCGUAAAGGUGGUUUAUAACCGUGAAUAAAGUUAUGUUGCAUUGAAACUAGUAGGCAAGUACUUUCACAGCAAACACUGACCUAACGUUUUUAUCUUCUCUCCAGAAUGGAUGCUCGGAUGACAGAAUCAUGUGCCGCUAGACCUCUCAGAGCAUCGCCCCAUCGUUCCAGAGCGAGCACCACGAUGAAUGAACAAGGUUAUAUUAUGUGACAUUAGAUCACAAACAAACCUUGAGGCAAGUAGGGAAGUUGCAAACUCCCAUGCUAGAAAAUACUUUUGAUUGACAUUCUGAAGAAGAAAGGAACUGUCACUCAAGGCCUUCGAUCCAUCCCGAGGUCUCUGAUCUCAUGGAGACUAGUGGGUCCGAAUAGACUGUGUUAGUCAUGGGACCAUGGCAGUUACUGCAAACAGCUUCGCCUGUUGUUGUGUGGAGUUUCUCAAGAAAUACAACGUUUUUGUAUCUUGUAAAACAUGUAGAAAAUUCAAAAUUGUGUAAAAUAAGAUGUAUUAAUUUUCUCAGUAUCCUGAGCGACAAAAUGUAUUGUAUAUUACAAUGCCACACUAUGUGAAAAAUAUUGUUUUUUUUACAAUGUACCUUAAUGGUGUUUUUAUUAAAACAAGGCAAUACUUUUUUUAAACA